CCUCUGCUGUCGACUGAGCUACGUACCAGAUACACGUCGGCGCACACGCGGGCUCCAAUCAUUCCAUUUCGUGCCGACCAGGUAGCACGCGAGUAUUCUCAUCCACCCGUAUACAUUUUUUGGAGGCCUAUUUAUAGCCCAUCCCUUCUAAUCUUAGCACUGCAUUCCAUCUGCAUCCAUCACUCUUAUCUGAAACUUCCUGCUGUUGUUUCUUCCUCCGUUUCCCUCUACUCGGUCUGUAUAUUCAGUAAAGAGCGCAGUGUACGUGCCAAGAAGAAUUAUAUAUGGCGAUCCUCAAGAGUUGUUCCGUCGACAGCGACGCGAGUGCCAGGGGCUUUGCUCCGGAAGAGAUCGACCUGGGCGACGACGUGCUCGCGGAGAUCAUCCUGCGCCUGCCCCUGGACUCCGUCGCGCGCUCCAGGUGCGUCUCCAAGAACUGGUGCGCCGCCAUCGCCGACGGCUAUGUCCGCCGCCGGCUCCCCCUGCACAUGUCCAUGAUCUGCUUCCCCGACGACGACGGCGACGCGCUUGGCGGCGGCGGCGGCAGCAGGCCCGUGUACGCGUGCGCGGGCGAGGGCCGCCGGCUCGAGGCCCGGGACCUCGGCUUCUUCCCGCUGCACGACAGCGUCAUCUUCUGCGACGGGUGCAACGGCCUGCUCCUCUGCCGCGCCCCCGGCUCGCCGGAGUUCUAUGUCGUGAGCCCGGUCACCAGGAGAUGGGCGGCGCUCCCGAGGCCGGCCAAGGAGCCGCGGCUCUCCGUGCUGGCGUUCGACCCGCUCGUCGGGCAGCACUACCACGUGAUCAACUUCACCGGGUGGCGCGACCGCGGCGCGGCGGUGGAGGUGUUCUCGUCGGAGACGCGGGCGUGGGCCGCGCACGACGUGGAGUUCGGCGGCGUCCCGGCGGGCUCCCUCUCCGGCUCGGUGCACUGCCACGGCGGCGCUGUGUACUUCCUCGCCUCCGACCCGGACUGCGUCGUCCGCAUGGACCUCGCCGCCGGGCUCGCGUGCACGGUCAUCGACCUCCCCGAGCCGGCGGACGGCGACGGCCGCGUCGCGCACUCCGGCGGCCGGCUGCACUACCUCUGCAGCCACAGCGGGCUACUCAAAGUCUGGUCGCUUGAGGACGACCGCCCGCGCCAGCGGUGGCGCCUGAAGCACGCCGUGAGAGUCAGCGACGUCGUGGACGGCGGCGAGGUGAGGUUCCUGGCGAUGCACCCGGAGAACCAGGCGGUGGUGUACAUAUGGUCGCCGUGGAAGGUCGUCGAGUACGACCUGGGCAAGCGAGAGAUCACCGGCGCGGCGUGGGAGUUCGGCAAGGGCGCGAGGAACCGUGUCGUCAAGACGUGGCUUGUCCCGUCCUCGUGCUACCUUUCGGAUUGCUUUGCGGACGAUGGUCCGUUACCGGCGCGCUGAAUUGAUCAGGGGACAGGGGUGGGUAUGGAGCGGUGAGGUCUGAACCGUGCGCCUAACCCAUCGAACCGAAAUGGAAUGAAUCGCUCCGUGGGUCAAUGUACACUGGACCCAGCGCUCCGAUGGUUAACGUGGCUCCAUCCAUUUUCUC